AGUUGCGGCUAAAUGGAAGUAUAACAGUAGCGGUACCAGUUACGAGUUUAUUCAGUAUAAUUGGAAGUUAGGUGGAAUUGAAGUUUUCCCCAAAGAAUUUAUUCUCCAAUAUAUUGUUUUUAUUUAUGCAUUCAAUAUCUGCCAUCUAGUUCAACACAGAAAAUAUGGUGGGGACGUUAUUGAAAUCGCAUAGGAUGCGGAUGUCUCCAGAAAAGCAGGAGACACUCCUGAAGUUAAGCAUAUUGUCACUUGCUGCAAUUCUUUCAUUUGCAACACGUUUGUUCUCUGUUUUGAGAUUUGAGAGUGUGAUUCAUGAAUUUGAUCCAUACUUCAACUAUCGUACAACGAAGUUCUUGGCAGAAGAAGGAUUUUACAGUUUCCACAACUGGUUUGACGACAGAGCAUGGUAUCCUCUUGGGAGAAUUAUAGGAGGUACAAUUUACCCUGGACUUAUGGUGACGUCAGCCGUGUUGUACCACAUUGCUUGGCUUGUGAAUGUGACAAUAGACAUCAGAAAUGUGUGUGUGUUCCUGGCUCCCUUCUUCUCCAGUCUCACCACCAUCGUUACGUACCUUCUCACAAAGGAAUUGCGGGACUCUGCAUCGGGUCUGGUUGCUGCAGCCAUGAUCUCUAUUGUACCUGGCUACAUAUCUCGGUCAGUUGCAGGUUCCUACGAUAAUGAAGGAAUUGCCAUCUUCUGCAUGUUGCUAACCUACUACAUGUGGAUCAAGGCUGUGAAGACUGGCACCAUCUUUUGGUCAACUUUGGCUGCUCUCGCAUACUUUUACAUGGUUUCAUCUUGGGGUGGAUAUGUGUUCCUAAUAAAUUUGAUACCACUCCAUGUGCUGACUCUGAUGGCAACAGGGCGAUUCUCACAUCGCAUCUAUGUAGCUUACAGUACAUUAUAUUGUGUGGGCACCAUACUGUCCAUGCAGAUUAGUUUUGUUGGAUUCCAGCCUGUCCAGAGCUCAGAACACAUGUUGGCAUUGGGUGUGUUCGGGCUCUGUCAGCUGCACAGUUUUGUUGAUUACCUCCGCAGUCGCAUGACUAAGAAGGAUUUUGAAGUGUUGUUCCACGCAAUGGUGAUUGCCACAGCAGGUAUAACCGCAGUUGUGGGAGGUGCACUUACCCUAACAGGGAAAAUCUCCCCCUGGACUGGACGAUUCUACUCUCUUCUGGAUCCGAGCUAUGCCAAGAACCACAUUCCAAUCAUUGCUUCUGUUUCUGAGCAUCAGCCCACAUCGUGGUCAUCAUUCUACUUCGAUCUCCAGAUUCUGGUGUUCCUGUUUCCAGCUGGGCUCUACUUCUGUUUCUCCAAGCUCUCUGAUGCAAACAUAUUCCUUGUUCUUUAUGGUGUCACCAGCAUCUACUUUGCUGGUGUGAUGGUGCGUCUGAUGCUUGUACUUGCUCCAGUCAUGUGUAUCCUGUCUGGUAUCGCUGUGUCGGCAAUGUUGGUAACAUACAUGAAACAGGUUGAUGCAACAAAGAACGUGGACAAGAAAGCUAAGAAAUUUGAGAGCAAUUUUGUUAUGAAAAGUGAGAUUGCAACAGUGUUUGUUGGUAUGAUGUGUUUCUUGCUGCUGUCCUAUACUCUUCACUGCACAUGGGUUACAUCAGAAGCUUACAGCAGCCCCAGCAUUGUACUCUCAGCUCGAUCACAUGAUGGAUCUCGCAUCAUCUUUGAUGACUUCAGAGAAGCAUAUUACUGGCUGCGAAUGAAUACUCCAGAGGAUGCGAGGGUCAUGUCAUGGUGGGAUUAUGGUUAUCAGAUAACAGCAAUGGCAAAUCGAACAAUCCUUGUAGACAACAACACUUGGAACAACACACACAUAUCAAGAGUUGGUCAAGCGAUGGCAUCCUCUGAGGAUCGUGCUUAUGAAAUCAUGCGAGAGUUGGAUGUUGAUUAUGUUCUUGUUAUAUUUGGUGGACUCACUGGUUACUCCUCUGAUGAUAUCAACAAGUUCCUUUGGAUGGUUCGAAUUGGUGGCAGCACAGAACGAGGAAGUCAUAUCAAGGAGUGGGAUUACUACUCUCCUUCUGGUGAAUUCCGUGUAGACAAGGAAGGUUCACCAACACUGCUCAACUGUCUUAUGUAUAAAAUGUGCUAUUAUCGUUUUGGACAAGUCUAUACUGAGGGAGGAAAGCCACCAGGUUAUGAUCGAGUUCGAAGUGCUGAGAUUGGCAAUAAGGAUUUUGAACUCGAUGUCUUAGAAGAGGCUUACACCACAGAACAUUGGCUGGUUCGCAUAUACAAGGUGAAAGAUCUGCGCAACAGAGGCGUGUAAUGGAAGUUUCAGCCAACAAUGACACAGCUGCUCAAUAAGACAUCCAGAUGGUCUUAAUACACUAUAAGAUGCCUACAAUGCAUUUUGCUCUUCUCCAGUUUAUAUGAUACUUUUUUUAAAGAAACUGAGAAUGACUGUUAAUAUCAUCUCAUGGGUGUGAUGGUGAACUACAAGAAGUGUAUGUGCAUUGUUUGUUGUGUGCGCAUGUAUAGAAGAGUCAAAACAAAUUUGAUCAUUAAAUAUGUAAGAGUAUGUGUGCCAGAAUUAGGGAGGUGUAUUUCAUCUACUGUGGGAACAAGGGUGUAUUAUGUUCAGUUUGUGACAUAACCUAUUGUGUCAUCAUUAGAGAGUUAACUAGAUUCUA